AAGCAAAGUAUUUCAUGAACCUGUAUUGUAGCUGCUUUUUCUACAUCUUGCUCCCCAGGAGUAUAAGGUUUAUCAUUCCUGGAGAUGUUCAAGAGAGUAAUAAAGACCCACCUCUUCUACCGAAGACAACCACAGGGCUCUGUGGUUGCCAGGAGUCGACACCGACUCAGCACACUUUACCUUCAGCUUGGCUUUUAAUAAUUUAAGUUAUUUUAAUGUUUUAAAAUGAAUUUUAGGUUAAUAUUUUAAAUGGUUUUAUUUUCAAUUGUAAACCACUCUGAGCCAUGCAUGUAAACCACACAAGAGCCAUGCAAUAUAUAAAUGCAGUAACUAUAGUAAGGUUAUCAAUGCAGCUCAGGCACCCUGCUUUCUUUAAAGCAAAACCAUCUGUGCCUUUUGGCAUACCUACCUAGUACAUUGGCCCACAGAUGUACUGAUCUGUGCAUGUUUAUUCCUUCCAAGUAAGAGUGCAUAGGAUUGCACCCUUGUUUAUAACCAUGGUUAACUCUCCAGUAAGGAGAUCCACACAAGCAAGCAGGCGUCUUGUGUGUAGAACCUGCUAGAUUGGAGCUUGACUCCGAUAUCCAUCUGAGUGUGCAUGAGCAGCUAGCCUCAUUUCCAUGCGAUGCACAUUGUGGCAAGUGCAUAGAAUCAGUAAACUGGCCAGAGAUAUAGGUGAACAUAUCUGAAGUUGCCUUAUACCGAGUCAUGCUGUUGGUCAAUCUAGUGCUAUCUACUCUGACUGGAAGUGGCUUUCCAAGAUCUCAGGCCUGGUUCUGCCCUAGUUCUGCUACCUAAGUUCCUUUAAUUGAAGAUGUGGGGAUUGAACCAGUUACCUCCAGCAUACAGAGCAUGUGUUUUACUAGUGAAUUAGGGCCCUUCUGCUCCUUGGGUUCUCCUGAGGAAUAAUAAUUGCAUGCAGUCUGAAACUCAGGAUCUUUUUUUAAUGGUGCCUCUGCAAAGCACCACCUAAAGCCAAUAAGAUACAAAGAACUAAGAGCCCUUUUAUAUAUGACUACAGUGGACCAGAAACAAUUUUUAUGUGACUUCAACCCACAGCAUUGUAGUAACCUUGGAAGGUGGAAUCCUAUGAAAAAAACAGUCUCCUGUGUCAUCCUCACUGCUUCCCUCCCUCCCAGUGUUUCUUUUCUCCGUGACCCGUGAAGCCACAGCGUCUCUUCCCCCUUUAGCAUCCUUCCUCACUCUCUUCCUAAAGUUUCACCCUCUUCUCCAUCUGGCAAGAACCAAUGGCAUCUGGUAUGGAGCUCCUUCGCUUCCAGCUUCCUGGCCAUGAAGCAGCUACGCUACGCAACAUGAACCAGCUCCGUUCAGAGGAACGCUUCUGCGACGUCACGAUCGUGGCAGACAGCCUCAAGUUCAGGGGCCACAAGGUCAUCUUGGCUGCCUGCUCUCCCUUCCUGAGGGACCAGUUCCUCCUCAACCCUUCCUCAGAGCUCCAAGUUUCCCUCAUGCACAGCGCCAAGAUUGUGGCAGACCUCCUCCUCUCUUGCUACACCGGUGCCCUGGAGUUUGCUGUGAGGGACAUUGUCAACUACCUGACAGCUGCUAGCUACCUACAGAUGGAACAUGUGGUGGAGAAGUGUCGGAACGCUCUGUCCCAGUUCAUCGAACCCAAAAUCAGUCUCAAGGAAGAUGCAGCAAAGUUUGGAGGCCAUCGAAGGUCCAAGUCCCCCAGUGUAGUGGGCUGCUCUACCUCGUCUUGCAAAGAACAUUCACGCAAGAGGUCCAUGCCACGGCCCAUCAAGCUGGAAUUCCCAAUGGAGGAAGACCUGGAGAUGAAGGCAGAAGACGAUGAUGAAGAGCAGGAAGAGGAUUAUGGGGAUGAUGAUGCUGUCUCUGACAUCUGCAUUGUGAAGGUUGAAUCAGCCAUGGAGGUGGCCCAGAGGCAGAAGAAGCAGCAGGCAGGUGCCUCUUGGAACAAAGAUGCAUCUCCCCAGCAGAGCUGGAACAAGGAAACUUCUCCCCAACAAACUUGGGGCAAGGAUUCUUCUCCCCCACCAGGGUGGAACAAAGAUGCGUCUGGAGACCAGGAAGAACCUCAAGUCAACUCUACAGUGGCGGAAGCUAUAGGGUCUUCUCCAGAAUCAACGCUGGAGAAGACCCAGCAGGGCGUAGUGAAGGCCUCCUACAGUCUCUCUGAGGAUGCUGAGGGUGAAGGCCUCCUAAUCAUCCCCAGCGGAGGCUAUUUGGAGGAGACCAGUGAAGCAGCAGCUGUUGCCUCAGAGUGCCAGAGCAGUGGAGGCGGGAUGGGGCUGGUGUUGGCAGGACUGAGUGGGCGACCUUUUUCGACCUUUCCUACAACAGGGAGAGGCAGCAGUGGUUCAGGAACGCCAGGGGGAGGUGGUGGUGCCUCGAGGAUCAUCCGUUGUACCAAGUGUGAGGAGGUUUUCCAAGGGGUGGAGAAGCUAGUCUUCCACAUGCGGGCUCACCACUUCAUUUUCAUGUGCCCACGCUGCGGCAAGCAGUUCAACCACAGCAGUAACCUCAACCGGCACAUGAACGUCCACCGCGGCGUGAAGUCGCACUCCUGCGCCAUCUGUGGGAAGUGCUUCACCCAGAAGUCCACGCUCCACGACCACAUGAACCUCCACAGCGGCGAGAGGCCGUACCGCUGCUCCUACUGUGAUGUCCGCUUCGCCCAUAAGCCCGCCAUACGGCGCCAUCUCAAGGAGCAACAUGGCAAGACCACAGCUGAGAACGUCAUGGAAGCCAGUGUGGCUGAGAUCAACGUCCUCAUGCGCUGAAGGAGAAGAAGGUGGUGGCACCUGCAGCAGGAAGGGGAUGGGAUUCCUGAGCUCUGAGGGAGGGUAGUGGGGAGUAGUGGUUAGAAUGUGGGGUGGUGAGCCAGGAUUCCAAGUUUUUGGGAUAGGAUUAGUGUCUAGUAUACUAGAGGGAUGGAACCCCUGGAUUCUUUGGACGGGGAUUUGUGGGUGGGUGGAGCUAGUGGAUUAGAAAAGAGUAGGUCAAAUGGGAAGCUGGACCCCUGGAUUGUCUGAGAGCGGAGGGGGAUCUAGUCAGUCAGAGCAGGAGGCUGUGGGAUUCAGGAUUCCUAGGAUCUCUUCUAUUCUUUCACAUUUCCCUUCCCCUGCCUUUUAUGCCCCAUGACCAGAAACUGCUACCUCUUUUAGAGCCUGAUCCUAUGCAUGUUUUCUGAGAUGUUGGUCCCACUGUUUUCAAUAGGACCGACUCCCAAGGAAGUGGGCGUAGGCAGUGGGCUUAGGAACAACCUUUGGGUUGUUUGGAGGAGAGGCACAUGACUCUAAACACUUCCCCUGCUAAAGGAGUAGAGAUGUGCAAAAUGCUUCGAGCUCGAAACGUUUCAAGAUUGAAAUGGUUCUUUGAGCUCAAAACAAAACACCCUUCAAAUAAAGGGCCUGUUUUGAGCUCAAAACAAAGCAACCCCGCUUCGACCUAAAACAUUUUGAGUGUUUCAAGUGCCAUUUUGGAGUGCUGUUUUUCCAGGGAGAGCUGAUCUACUGAUUGGGGUCAGCAGAUAGACCAGUCCUUUGCUGUGGACUUAGCGCAUCAGCCCGCCUUGGAGGGCUAGUCUAUACGCCACAUGAGGUGGGUAGACAAACCCUCCGAGGCGGGCCAGAGGGGAGGCCUGGUCUACUCACCUCAUGCAGCGGAUAGACCAGCCCUCUGAGGUGGCCCGACAUGCUAAGUCCACGGUGGAGGCCUCAUCUGGAGGCUCUCCCCGGAAAAACAGCCCUCCAAAAUGACAGUCGAAAUGUUUGACAACUGAAGCUUGACCGGUUGUUCUGAGGAAAUGUUUUGUUUCAAGCUUGAAAUGCAAAAUCUGUUUUGUGCACAUCCCUAUAAAGGAGUGUAGAUGAGACCUCGCUCUCACAAUCUCAGCAGCCAAAGAACAGAAAAGGCCAUUGAAACCAUAUGGCAUCUGCAGAGGGAGCAAAUUGACCUGAUUGGUAUAAGUGACAGCAGACACUGCCCUAGACUCAUCCCCUCCAGCAGUGUCUCCUCUUUUCAGUAAUUGUUUAGUGGGCAGGGAUGGGGGCAGUUUACCCAGGAGCCCAAAAAUGAGCCUUCACAUGAUCAGAAACCUCUGGGUGACUGUAGAAGUAAGAGGGGGAGGUUGCAGCAACCUAAACUCACCCUAAGAUUCAGGACUAAACUAGACAAUAUGCCUAUUGAGUCACCAGGAUCGAUGUACUUCAUUUUUCUAACAUAAAUAGCACAUGGAGGGAUUGAGAUCUGGAUCAAGGUGGUAAAUGACAAAAAGAGAUGAAAGUUUGGGUGGUAUAUCAAUCAAUCAAUCAAUAAAUCAAUCAAUCAAACAAUAUGUUUCUGUUGAGGUGGGGGAUUAAGUAUGUGGAGAUUUUCAACUCCACAUCUCUGGCCUCAAGGAAAAAAACCUUGAGAGCUGUUCUCCAGGGGCAUAUUAUCUUAUUUAUUUAUUUCAUACAUUUAUAUACUGCCCAAAACGUAAGUCCUCUAUAAGUUCAUAAAGCAGUCAUGGGAAACCACAGCAGAAAGACAAGGUUUAAAGCCCCUAUAUGUGAUAUUUAUGUUAGAAAAAUCAAGCAGGCAGGCCCUGUUGCACAACAGACACAAUGAGCUGGGUCUCAUGAUCAGUGAGACCCUGUUUGGGAAGGGAAGCAAGGAGAGCAGGCUAAGCCCGCUCUCCCCGCACACGAGCAGGGCGGGAGCCCUGGGUGGCCAGAUUGGCCACCCACACGAUUUCCGGCUCUGUGACAGAGCUGGCGGGGGCUGGGGGAUUGGGGGGCUGUGUGAGUGCGCAGGGCAUACUGGAGAGACCCCCGGAGCCGGGAGGUGGCUUUCCGCCUCCCCUCUGGGGGUCUACUGAUGAGCAGCCGCGGUGCGGCGCGGCUACUCAAAAUUUCAAAAAACAGGUUUGCAGAAUGCUCGCUCCGCAAACCCGGUUUAAGAGGAGGGGUAUUUAGGUGGGUUAACCUCCAGGAGGCAACCGGGCUCAGUUGCGAGCCUGGUGGCUCCCACGAUCAUCCGAAAUCGGAUGAUCCCCUAGCCCAAUUUUGGCUGAUCGUGGGAAUAGUCUCAUUGUCUAGUUUGGUCCUCAGACGCCAAAACAUUUGGUCUAAGACUGUCUACUAUGUAGCUUGACCACAGAAGCCCAGUAGUCUUGGUUGAUGGAGUGCAAUUUUAUCCAGGUACAUAGAAGUCAGUAAUCCUGGGAGAACCAGCAGAGAAGUGAAGUCAAAACUGCUAGGAAGAGAGAAAGAACUGAGAGUAUUCUACAUCUCCAUGGUUGCAAUGUGUAAGUGAAAUCUCAGCCUUCAAGGUAGAUUUUGUUUUUAAAGGAAGAUUUUAAACAGUAAGUUCCUGGUCCUUAUAGUAACAAUAUGCUUGAAAUUGUGGUAGCAAAAGCUGGUGGCAUCUUAAAAGUCAGAGGAGCACUGAGCAGGACUUCCUGUGGUCAGAGGGUGAACUUUCCAUGCAGAACUUCUUGCCCUUCCCAUGGCUAAGAGACACAGAAUGCUUUUCUGUAAAAUGAUUUAAGCCAAAAAGCUCUUCCCUUUGCAAAAUGAGUUUGCGUCUUGUCAUUGGCUUUUCUUUGUGCAGAAUGUUUUUUAAAGCAAAGACAGCUUUGGGGAAAGUCAUUUAAGAACACAUAUAGUAAACCGGCUGUGUGGCAGAAGUCCUUGGUUUAAAUCUCAUCCUUAGCUGUGAACACACUAAGCUUAAAGUAAGUAAGUGCUUACUUAAGUGGGAGUAAGUGCCAUUGAAUGUGGUGAUGCUUACUUGAAUGAGUAAACAUUUACUGAAUUAAGUUGCAUGUGACUUUAAGUAAGUGGCAAAUAAAGGCAUGGAACAUGGGUCCUUCCUCUUCUAGGGGGCAUUAUUCAAUACGAUGUAUACUUUAGGCCUAAACAAUAGAUUGGAAGGCAAAGCCAUGGAAACCUGGAUACUUGUAUAGUUCUGUAACUUGAGUAAAACAUGUACUGGUCUGUUAUUUCCCAUAGUUAAUCUGCUUCUGAUAGCUGUGGGGAUAGGGUUUGGGGAGGAAACAAGGACUGCCAAGGACUGAAUCCUCAGGCCCUGACCAGUGGAAGUCAUGAUUAACCUGUCUCUGGUUUGCGAUAUUUCACCAGAAAUUUCCCACACAUAUUCAAGUAUAUCUUCUUGCAGGCUUGAGGGCUAGAAAAUGCGGUGAUUGUUGUUGUUUUUAAAUGAGAACUGAGAUUCUUGGGAUACUGCAUCCUGCACACAGAACCAGAAUGCCAACAUGAACAGAAUCCUUACCAUCCUGGAAUUAGUCCCUGAAGAGAUAUGGAAUGGAGGAUGGGGAUAUUUCUCCUUGCAGUGGUGUUGGUUCUGAUUUCCUGGACCCUAACUAGUUUUUUUUUUCCUUUUCACUAAAAUGUUUUCUAAAAAAAUAAAAAUAAAUAAAAACCCAACAUAA